AUGUCCAAGCUGAAGCGUUUCGGUGAUGCACUGACUCGGGCGUCUAUUUGGCGUGUCACGAUCGAGGGCUUUGAGGCAACCCUUAAACCACAUCAGAUAGCCAAGAUCUCGCAAUCAUCUAACGAUUGCUUGCUGCAGAAGAUUUUCGCAGCCAAGGCGACAAUGGCUUUAUCUCAAGUGGCUUCGACAGGGUGCACUAGGCGAGCGGACAUCGACAUAAACGACAUCGAGCACCUCAUCUUCACUCAAGCGGUCUAUGAGUAUGGCUCAGACAAAUGGGGAGACAUCUCGGGGCUACUGUCCAAACAUCUCAUGAUCUCGUGUCCGAAGAAUCCCCUGCGUUGUGGCCUAUUUAAUAGUGUCUGA